UUCUAUGGUUAGUUUAUAGUAUUUGAUUAAAUUUUAUAUACUUGACGUUUUUUAGUUUUUAUUAUGUAUGCGUAAAUGCGCGUCAACACGUUUUGGAGUCAAUAUCACAUCCUGCCAAUAAAGUAAUAAUGUGGUCUAUGGAGUGCAGUGGACACUUAACGAAAUAAAUAAUAAUGUUGUCAUUUGUUAUAUAUUCACUAAUUAUACUCAUUUGAAUACCAUCACUCAUCAGUCACAUUACUGUCGCAUUUAUGAAGUAAACUAUAAUAAAUAAUAAUAGUUUUUUCACAGUUCAGUAUCAAUCUGGACUAUUUUAAGGAUCUUUAUUUGAUGUGAUCACAAAAUUGAGAGUUGACACAUAAAUAUAAAUAUAUAAUACACAAAUUAUCCACCAUUUGUAAUAUACUUUAAAAGAUACCAUGUCCGGGAAAAAGAAGCAUGCUGUAGUGGCUGUACAAAAGCAAGAACUUAAACCAAAAAUAUAUGAACCAACAAAAUAUAAAAAUAGUUCUCACAUGGGUAGAGUAUUUCAAUUCCUUCAAUUUUAUCGCAAUGGUGGUGUUCUAUGUGAUAUUAAGUUAGAAACAGACGAUGGAAAAAUCAUUUUAGGCCAUAAAGUUGUUUUUAUAUCGGCUAGUCCAUAUUUCCGUGCAAUGUUCACACUUUCUGAAGAAGUUAAAAAAGAUCAUAUUAAUAUAAGAGAGGUAGAUUUCAAAGUUUUACAACUCUUGGUAGAUUAUAUGUAUACUGGCGAAAUCACAAUCACCGAAGAAAAUGUACAGGAUAUAGUGCCAGCUGCGGAUCUCUUACAGUUAGACUAUGUAAAACGCGCAUGUGUUGGGUCUUUACAAAAACAACUGGACCCUUCAAAUUGUAUUGGUAUUAAAGCAUUUGCUGGCAUGUAUAACUGUACGGAAUUGUUGUCAAUUUCUGAAGAAUUUAUUAAAAAACAGUUUUUAGAAGUAGUGAAAUAUGAUGAGUUUCUAUCUUUAUCUUCCGGAGAAGUGAUUAAGUUAAUCUCAUGUCAUGACAUUUCUGUUCCACUUGAAGAAAAAGUAUUUGAAUGUGUUAUGAAUUGGGUAAAACAUAAAUUAAAUCGUAGAAAAGAUUUUUUACCCGAUCUGAUGGAACAUGUACGUUUGCCAUUAGUCUCGAAAGAGUAUAUGCUAGAAAAAGUAGUUAAUGAACCUCUUCUUAAAAAUAAUCCUAAAUGUAAAGAUUAUGUAUUUGAAGCAUUACAUUUUAAUCUAAUGAAUUCAGUUGAUCCUGCCUCUGUUCCAAAAACGAUUCGGAGUAAACCUAGACCUUGUAGUUUACAAAAAGUUGUUCUAGUUUUCAGUUGGUCACCAACAACUCAUAAGAGUGUUACAAACUGGUAUGACCCAGUAACUAACCUAUGGCAUAUUGCACCAGAAAUUAAUAGAUAUUGUAAGGAAUGCCCGACUGCAGCUGGUCUGUGCGUUAUAAAAGAUAAACUCGUGUUUUCUGUGGGUAGUUUUGAUAACUAUAUAAUGGAUUCUGAGUAUUUAAUAAAUCAGCGGCAUAUUGACAAUUUUGCAAGAUUUCGUUCUUUUGAAAUGCUUGAUGUAUCUUCACGAACACUAUGUUGGGUACCCAAAAUUGAAUUAUCAGUUAGUCGACAAAAUUUAGGAGUUGGUGCAUUAGAUAAUUGUAUAUAUGCUGUUGGUGGAUUUGACGCUAACAACAUUUAUGAUUAUUAUGGUUAUAAAAAUAAUUAUUAUUUAAACAGUGUAGAGGUUUUUAACUUCAGUACUCAAAAAUGGCGAAUGUCAUCUAGUAUAUUGUCUAGUAAGAGAAGUAAUUUUGGUAUUGGAGUACUGAAUAACCUGAUAUAUGCGGUAGGAGGUUAUAAUGGUUCAUCAUAUUUGAAAUCUGUCGAAUGUUAUAAUCCCAGUAUUGACAAAUGGAAUCCAGUUGCAGAAAUGUCAGUUUGUCGCUGUAAUGUUAGUGUAGGAGUCUUGGACGGUUUAAUGUAUGCUAUUGGUGGAACUAAUGAGUCAGUAACUCAAAAAACUGUUCAACCCUAUAAUAAACCAAGGGCUCGAGAUAUUGGCGGAAUUAGUUAUCAGUCAGUAAAACGGUCAGUAGCUCUAAAAAGUGUUGAAGCCUAUAGUCCAAGUGCUGGAGUUUGGAAGUCUAUUCCAGAUAUGCAUUUGGGCCGAGAAAAUGCUGGAGUAUUCACAUUGGAUGGUUUAUUGUAUGUUAUGGGUGGUAAAAAUGGAUCUGAUUAUUUUGAUUCUGUUGAAAUUUACAAUCCCAAAACCAAUUCCUGGUCAAUGAAAAAAUUAUCAACAAGUCAUCUUCCAAUUUAUGGUGCUGUGGUCGUUGAUAGGUCACCACAUUUAAGAAUUAAUUAGCAUACCUACAACAUGAUAUCAUUGUUAGUAGUUUAAUUACCUAGGUAUACAUAUUUUUGUGUACGAUAAUAGGUACAUAUUAUAUUGUUAUGUUAUUUCCAAUCAUAACAAUCCAUACGCGCAAAUUGACUACAUUUUUUGGGAGGACUUAAACCUCCCUCCCCAUAGGCCAUAUUGCUUAGUACCACAGAAUAUAAAAAUUAGUACUAAUUACUAGAUUUUGAACUGGUGGGACUUAACCAAAAUUUGGGGGGACUAAGUCCCCCCAAGCCCCCCCCCCCAUAUUUGCGCCU